UCGAAACAGCGUCUCAAUCGGGAAUCCGUCUCGGAGUAUUUCACUUGCUCGCUUGCCGUCGGUCCGUCGAGUGCAGAAAUGAAUAUCGCGGUUAUUGGCGCAGGUGUCGUUGGCGCCGCGACGUCUCUCGCCAUUAAGGAAGCAUUUCCGGUCUCACGAGUCACCGUCUUCGCCGACGCUUUUUCGCCCCAGACGACCGGCGACGGAAGUGCGGGACUCUGGACUCCCUAUCUUUUGGGAAACACCCCCGCCGAAGACGUCUUGCGUUGGUCCGGAGAAACUUAUCGCUGGAUGCUGAGUAUUUGGAAAAGCGAGUCGGCGGGAGAUGCUGGGGUUUCUCUUAUUCCGAUCACCAGGGUGACCAGCGAUGCUCGGGGCGUUUCCGAGCAGGCUUGGACUUCUACGGUUUUUGGCUCUCGCAGAAUGUCCCUCGGCGAUUUGAGGAGACUGAACGAGGAGCAGGCUGCUGAAUACACAAGCGGAUGGCAAUUCAUAACUUUCACUGCCGAACCAACGCGCCUCAUACCCUGGAUUUUGGCGAAAUUUAAAUCACUAGGCGGAAAUAUUGUGAAAAGGAAAAUUUCGAAGCUUGAUGAAUUAGUUGACGAAAGUUAUGACCUGUUGGUCAACUGCACCGGUCUUGGAGCUCGCGAUCUGAUUGGAGACGCGACAAUGCAACCUGUUCGAGGACAGGUCUCCAGGGUUGAGGCUUCCUGGGCAUUUCAUGUAUUCCUUGUUGAAGACGAAGCCGGAAACUACGUAAUUCCAAAUGUUGAAAGCGUGGUUCUCGGCGGCACUCAUCAGGAAAAUGAUUACGACUGCAGGAUUCGAGAGGAAGACGAAAAGUUCAUUCACGAAGGAUGCUGUAAAUUGCUUCCAGCUUUACGGGAAUGUAAUAUCAUAAAGCGAUGGGUUGGUCUUCGUCCUGGCAGACCUCGAGUACGAUUAGAAACAGAAAGUCGAGAAGCAGAGAACGGGAAGAAAUUUACGGUCAUUCAUAAUUAUGGACAUGGUGGAAGCGGAGUUACUUUAUGCUGGGGUUGCGCACUCGAUGUUGUGAGAAUCGUGCACGGUUUGAAGGCUGAGAAGAAUCUCUCCAAAUUAUAAACAAAAAGUUUAUCAAACCGGUCUUGGUGCUUGAUAAGAAUAUCUCUACCUAAUACUAUUCUCACUUCUUAUUUCAACUUUUUUAUUUAAAACUACAAGCGUCGAUCGAAGUCUCGACGAUUACUUUGCGUUAAAACUGUUAAAGAUGACCAAUAGUCGGAAUGAAAAGUGACGAAGUAGGAUGACGGGUUCCGUUCAUAAUCCCUGAGGUUUUCUUCCAACGUGGAGAAUCGGAAUUUCCAACGGGGAAAUUAUUUAGCGUAGAUACGAGAUUCGUGCGAUAAACGUGAUUGUUCGUUAAUAUAUUAUUGCACAGAGCACGCAGAGUUGCUGGUGCAGCGGAUCGCCACCCCUGGUAAUAAAUUAACAGUUUAAUUAUACGUUCGUGGGUGUAUCUAUAAACAACAUCGAGUCGUACACAAGUCGUACAAGUAACUGCACAUCAAUCUCCAACCCUCGUCCUGCCGACGUUACGCAGGCAUAUUUCAUAGUUAAAUGCGCUUUCGAAUAGGUACAAGUUGACUUUGCCUCGGGACACAUUUGUAUACGUAUUCAAGCUUUCGGAUGCGAUGCACUUUACAAUACCGACUGGUCUCGAGCUUCCGUGACAGUCUGCACUGUCUGUAAUACACGUAGCGUUAUAUACGUAUACGUAUAAUAUAUUGUAUAGAUAGCCUUUUCGUGACUUGUGUACUUGACACGCCAAAAAUAUUCGGCCUAAUUUCUUGCUGCCGGUUUAAUAAUCGUUGCGGGUAUUAUUACGGAGAAUUAUGCAUUAGCUUUAUUAUUUAACGAAAAUACUGUGCAGCGGAACUUGUUUCGGUGAUAUUAAAAAUAGACCGAAAUCCAGGUCAAUAUUAUUGCGACAAAAUCAUGAUUACAUUAAUUCGUGCGCCUGUUGAAACUUAACAAUCGGCGUAUGAAUCCUAAUUACUAAUUGUCAUAAUUCGACUCGCAGUUUUAUCUGAGAUCUUUCUCCAUAAGUAAAAGUAUGAGCGGCAAUUAUAAUCGAUAGACGUUUUUCACAGCGUUAGCCGAUCAACGGCUACAACUCUAUCGAUUCUUUCGAGAGUAAAUUUCACUCGAUAAUUUGAAAAACAUUUUUUUUAUCCGCGUGAUCGUUGUUUCUACGAGCGCAUUGAAAUCUCGCGAAAAGGGAAUCCAAUUCAGAGGUCAAAUGUUUUCAGAUGACUGUAAUCUGUGCAUGAAUUUAAAAACAUAUCGAAUAAUUUAUGAGUAUUUAAGCUUUUAACAAAAAGUAAAAUUUUUCUACAUUAAAUGAAUCGCAAAUGAAAAUUAAAAGAGCGACCUGUUAAACCUGAGCUAGAGAGCUGAUCUUUUCGGAGGAUAUUUUUUGCUGUGGAACAGUAAAAUUUAAAGGGGGUAAAAGCAAAAAAAAAAAAAAGAUAUUUUUUUUUAACCACCCUAGCGUACAUUACACUAUCUCCAUCGGUUUUCUAUUCUGUAACAUCGAGGCACAAAGCUUGAAGUAAAGUUUGGUCAUUUGUC